UCCGACACAACACUCUCCUCCACCCCGCACUCCCACCUCCAUCCUCGGUCUCUCUCUCUCGGUCCUUCUCCUCCCUCCCACGCCCGGCUCCGGCUGUGUCUCUCGGUAUGGCGGACGGAGAGAGGUCGCCGCUCCUGUCAGACCUCGGGGAUGGAGCUCUCGGUGGCGGUAGCGAAGGCGGCAGCGGCCCAAACAAACCCCAAAGUUUCCCUCCGUUCCCCAGCCCCACAGCUCCCUCUGUGCUCCUGGGGGAGGACCCUCCUCCGUACUCUCCCCUCGCGUCUCCAGAGAGCGGCUCUGCUCCUGUCAUCAGCUGCAGAGUCUGUCAGAACCUCAUUUCUGUGGAGGGCAAGACCCACCAGCACGUGGUCAAGUGUGGGGUCUGCAACGAGGCUACGCCCAUUAAAAACGCUCCAGCGGGAAAGAAGUAUGUGCGCUGUCCCUGUAACUGUCUGCUCAUCUGCAAAGUCACCUCCCAAAGAAUCGCCUGUCCACGACCAUACUGUAAGAGGAUAAUAAACCUGGGCCCUGUGCAUCCGGGUCCAGCCAGUCCAGAGCCUCAGCCGGCCGGAGCCAGGGUGUCCUGUGGACAUUGCAGCAACACCUUCCUGUGGACAGAGUUCACAGACCGGACACUGGCCCGAUGCCCACACUGCAGGAAAGUCUCCUCCAUUGGUCAGCGGUAUCCCAGGAGGCGGAGCUUGUGGUGUUUUCUUCUCUGUUUGCUUUUUAGCGUCUCCACGGCUGGCCUCAUUGCGGGGACGUGGGCUAAAGCUCAGAUGUAUCCGGGCAUCUACGCGUCUUGGGCCGUGCUGCUGCUGCUCGUCCUGGUGACUCUGGCCCGAGCAUUUUACUGGGCCUGUAUGAGGGUCAGCCAGCCUCUGCAGAGCUUCACAUAGAAUCAAACUACCAACCCCAAACUCCCCCAAACUCCCCGAGCGAAUGGCUUUAAUGAAAACAUUUAUUUAUUUAUGAAAAUGUGAAAAAAAGUUCAACUUCGACUUUUAGUCAAAUGUGAUUCUGAAACAAAGUGGGGUUGUGUAUAGCUAUGAAACCUAAGGCAGUGGUACCCAAACUGUGAGGCUUUGGUCUAUUGGAAUCAGUUCAUAAUAAAACCAAAUUACAUUUUUGCAAUGUAUUUAAUGAUCACCGAUAAUUUCUUAUACAUUACGAGAUUAGUAAAAAAAAAAAUCCUUGUAUUUUUAAAGGUGCUGUACCUGAGUUUUACUGUCUUAAAAACCUGAAAAACAGAAAGUUAUUCCUCACUGACCUUAUGCAUUCUGAGCAUCCUAAUGAUCCACCACCAUGAGUUUAUAAGUGCUUUUCAUAACUUUCAGACAUUAGAGCAGAGUUUUGCCAUCACUGUAAUGCUAACAACAACUAGCAUGCUAACACACACAGUUAUUCUCAGACAAUAAAACACUUUAGAUGCAGACAGCGGACUUUGACCUCAAGAGCUGCUUAUACAAUAUGUCUGUACACAUCUUUGCUCUGCUACACAGAAAAAAAUCAGGUACAGUCACAUUAAUGAACAAAAAAGAUUCUGAAAUUAUCCAAAUCCAGUCUAUAAAAGGUAAAAACUGAAUAUUUUUGCUAAAACUUGGCAGAAUUUAAAUUUUCGAGAUAGGUUUGGUUGAAAUUUGAAAAAAAAAAUUCACCCACCUUUGUCUAAAAUAUUCAUGAACUCUAAGUAAACCAAUGGCCUAUUUUUGACUAAUCCAAACAUUUUUUUUUAAAAAGCUUUGACCUUUCAAAAUAAAAGUCCCGUUAAACACAGCUUUGGGGAUCACUGGCCUGAUUUACACUAAUGAACAAUGUGAGCCGUAUAAGUUUAACAUUUCUGUUAACAUGGCUUGUGUCUGGCUGCUGUUCUGUUUUUGGCUUUAAGUCUGUGGCACAUUUGUUGCAAUUUAUAAACUUAAAAUGAGGGCUCAAUGUUAAAAAAAAGUCAUGUUGGUGUUAAACUGCAUGGUACGGUUAUGUAGUAUUGAGGAGUCGAACCCGCAACCUGCUCACUGAGAGGAGGAGACGGGAUAACCACUCUGCCGCAGUAAUACAGGGAGGACGUGCACUCUUCAUAAACAGACAAUGAGUUGAACCCGCAACCUCCUGAUUUGAGAGGAGGAGCAGAAACCAUACCAUACAGUUUAAUACAAAAUGGCUGCCGUGAUCAUACUUCGCCCUUGCCUUUCAUUGGGAAAAACAAUAUUCCCAAACUUUAAUUUCAUUUAAUAUUUGUCAUAUUUCUAAAAACGUGUGCAUUUGUGUAAAGCAGCUAUGAAGCCAGUGCGGUAAUGUUUUAACACAAUUAUAACUACACUGUAAAAGUUUAAUCUGUGAGUUAAACCGAGCGCAGAAUGUGAACCUGUACUUGAGUCGUUCAGAAUUAUCACGUUCAUCUGCUUGUAAGAAGGCAUAGAAUGUUUUCCCUGAGAUCCAGAGUACACACUGUUGAGUCACUGGCAAAUCUCCCUGAGUUCAGAUGGACAUGAUUGACAGGUGCAUUAGCCAAUCAGGGACAUGCACGGUCUGUCCGUAUCAAAACAAAUAUGGCCACAAAUAUCACAGAGGACUGAAGGUGGAUAUCUGCAGAAUUAAACUCUCUUAAUCUGAGGUGAGAGAGAUUUUGUUCAAAAUGUUGGGUGACCAAUGAGCUCCAAUGUUUCAAAUGCAUCACUGAAAUAAGCAAAUCUGAUUGGACGACCAGAGAAUGCAGAGAGGUGACACUUUGGUAUUGUCAGGGAAGAUAACUUAUCUAAAAUAACACAUCUACUCAAGUGAAAAUCAUACUCUGAACUCGCGUAACUCAUUUUCUAAGUACUUUUUUGCAGUGUAGAAGAUGACGUGCCUCUUUUUACCGUCAUGUUUCUGUAGUUUACAUUGAGCAGCUCUAGUAAACGCGUGUAAUGGGAUUGGGCGGGAUGCAGACAGGAGGCUGUGAUGCUGUGUGAACUGCAUUGGAGUCUCCUGGGACUGACUUUUGAUGUGCGGAAAAAACCUCGAAAAAAGCAGAUGUGAAAGAGAGAUUUGAGUGAAAAAUCCAUAAAUACACAUCCACAUGAAUCCAGCGUCAGAUACAGAAGAGAUGAACUGUCUGCUGUUUUUUGUUUCAAGGGUAAAACUGAAAAAAGAGCAGAUCAAACAUUGUCAAAAGCCCAUAUUGUCUCAAAGUAAAGACAUUCUUAAAGGUGCAGUCCACUGGUUUGUAAUUUGAUACUUUUCUGUUUCUGUUGAAGGUUACAGGUGCACUGUGUAACUUUUUUACAUGCUUGUCUCCAUGGUGAUGCUACUACUUGGUGCUCUCCAUGGAGAUGCUACUGCCUGGAAUGUCCCACAAUAUGGCAUUAAACGUAUGUGUCUAAAAUGGGUUACUUAUGUUAUGUAAAAGGUUAAUGGUGCACUAUGUAACCUUUCAACCUGCUUGUUUCCAUGGAGAUGUUGUCCCAGUAUGGCAUAUUACAUUUAACUAUCUAUAAUGGGAUAUGUAUUUGUAGAAGGUUAAUGGUGCACUAUGUAACUUUUCUACCUUUUUGUCUCCAUGGAGAUGCUGUUGCCUCACCUGGAAUGUCCCACAGUAUGGCAUUAAGCUGGUCUAUCUGUAAUGGAAUCCACAUCUUUUUGUAGAAGGUUAAUGGUGCACUAUGUAACCUUUCUACCUGCUCGUCUCCAUGAAGAUGCUGUUGCUUGGCCUGGAAUGUCCCACAUUAUGGCAUUAAGCUGAUCUAUCUGUAAUGGAACAUGUAUUUUAUGUAGAAGGUUAAUAGUGCACUAUAACUUUCUUACAUUUUUGUUUCCAUGUAGAUGCUGUUCCCUCGCCUGGAAUUUCCCACAGUAUGGCAUUAAACUGGUCUAUCUGUAAUGGGAUAUAUACUUUAUGUAGACAGUGAAUGGUGCACUAUAACUUUUCUACCGUCUUGUGUCCAUGGAGAUGCUAUUGCUCUGUCUGGAAUGUCCCACAGUACGGCAUUAAACCUUUCUGUCUAUAAUGGGUUCAGAGAAGAAUUGCCUUAAUCAAACAGUAAAAGGUAAAACGUGUACAAGUCUGAGCUGAAACACUGUUGGGCUGUUAGUGAUGGGACUUUCGGCUCUUUUAUGGGAUCUGAAUCUUUUGGAUCCGUUUUUUAUAUUAUAUUUAUAUGACAGAAUAACGUGAGAACUUAUUUUAUGUACAAACUAAUCACAGAGAGAAACGACCAAGGCUCAGAUGUGUUUAACGUGGUUCAAACCGAGCGUGGGAGUGAGUUUACCCUUUGGAAUUCUACACAAUCUAAAUCAAACAAUAAUAAUCAUCUAAAAACCGUAUUAUUAUGAUGCCAGAUAUGUUUUUUUUGCUCUCACUCGAGUCGCCUGCACCGCUUCUGUGCUGUUGUAUAUGCCGGUUCAGCUUUAAUCAGUAUAAAAAUGCAUACAAAUUAGACAGAAAAACAUUAGUUAGCUUAAAAAGUGUGAUCCGGUUCCCAACAUGAAGGAACCGUUCAAAAGAGCCGACUCGUUCUUCCAUGUCCCUAUAAAAGAGGGUUUUGGAGGCAAAAGUGGCUGAAGCUGAAUAAUACACAUAUAUACAAUACUGUGGGACAUUCCAAGGAAAGCAAUAAUAUCUCCAUGGUGACAAGCAGGUGGACCCCAGGAACUUGUAGAGAUUAAUGGGGAAAAGCAGGUGGCAGACCCUCUACUAGAAAAGUUCUAUAGUGCAGCUUUAAAGUCCCAGUUUGUAGGAGCAGAGCAGAGCAGUGACAUGUCAAUGCCGUUACCUGUUCAUUCCUCCAUAUUGGACUUGUUUAUCCCAAUGUGUUUGUUCUGUCGAUUUUGCCUGUAAAUAUUUCAAUGACUUUAUUUUUUGUUGCACUGAUGUAAAAGUUUUAUUUUGGCUGCUUUAGUGUCUUUGUUUCUCGUGAAUGAUCAAAUACUAACCUGGAACAACCCCACACUACAUUCACCAAGACUUCAAAUCACUGGAAUUUACAAUGUUAAAGCUUCACUGUGUGACUCUUCUGCUUGUCUCCAUAGAGAUGUUGUUAUUGCGUCGACUGGAAUGGCCCUCGGUGUGGCAUAAAAAUUCUCUAUCUUUGUGGAAAUGAUAAGCAAGUGACACUACAAUGUGCAACUUUUCGUGUCACUGUGGAAAUGGUAUAGUGCUUUGCCUGGAAUAUUUCACAUUGUGGCAUUAAACUUGUCUAUUUCCAUGGAAACGACAAGCAAGUGACACGUAGAAAAAUUCCACAUUGCACGUUUAAAAGUGCAAUGUCAAACUUUUCUUGUCUCUGUGAUGAUUUACCUGAAUAUUUCACACUGUGGCAUUAAACUUGGAACGGCUUGGCCAAGUUACUGGUCUGAUCUGUGGAGAGGCGACCCCACUCAGUCAGAAUACAUGUUUUUGUAAUUGAACAAAUUUAAAAACAUGUAUAAUGCCGUGAUAGGGAAUAUUCCAGGCGAAACAAUAACCAGUGACAUCUCCAUGGAGACAAGCAACUUCUUGAGAAAAGUUCCACAGUGCAGCUUCAACUAGUCAAAUAAUGAUUCAUAUUCUGAGAUGAGAAUAUUGAUUUUUCUGCAGUGUCUUUGGACCUGAUGACAUUGUACAAACGCAGAGAGAAUGAAUAUUUGGGCUGAAAGGACUGGGUUUUCAAAUGGACCUGUUUCAUUAUUUUGUUAUUUUUAUUGCACCAAAACAAACUGCUUCUCAAAACCAGCUCCUCACUCACCCAAGGAUAUUCAUAUUUAGUCAUUUUUACAUCAUUUUGAAGUAAACUCCAAAUCAAAAUGACAGAAAAAGUACAUUUGCUCACCCCGGGUUGAAGGUUUUUGGUUUAUUUUCAGAGACGCCCAAGGAGAAGGAGAUGAGUAAAGUUGAAGUUUUAUUUUGAUACUUUUUAAGAGGACUUUAAGUAUCAUUGCUCUUUCUAUGAGAUGGGUGGAAUCUAAUGCUAGCUACAAAAACAUACUUUAAGUAUGUAAGAAGUAAAUGUAUUUUUGCAUUUUAAUGGUAUGCAGUUAGUAGCUGUGUCUUGCUCAAGGACACAUAAAAAGUAUAAAAUAGGUCAGAGCAGCACUCAAACUAUCAACCCCAAAAUAAUAAUGUAAAUCUACACAUGUGCAACAAAGACUUUACAGUAACACUGGGUGACAAAAAUGAAUUAAGUUGCGUGCAUUAAAGGGGCUGUACCUGAUUUAAAAUGUGACAAACACGUUCAUUUUAAAGAGUUUGCAGUGGUUAGUCCUCACUUACCUAAUGCAUGUAGAACUGGACAGUGAAAUGUUUUAUAAUUAGACGCAGACAGCACACAGUAGACUUAUUUUUACCUCAAGAGCCACUUAUACAAUAUCUCUGUACUUGGGCAAGACACAUUUUGCUCAAAUACACGGAAAAACCACAGGUACUUUAAGUUUUGGUUUUGGAAAAUUGUUGAAAAAUGUUCCUCCAAAUCCCAAAUUUACAGCUCAAUGUUUCGAAACUGAACAAAAAUUCCCAAAGUAUACAUCAGGUAAUUCUCCAGUAAACGACAGUGAAAGGUUUGUCUUGAGAGGCAGUUGUUGAGUGUAAAAAUCAUAUUAUUUUAAUGUAAAAUUAUUGAAUCAUGUUUGAACGUCCGACGUCGAUCCUGGCUGAAGCUCCUCUGAGAGUUUGUUUACACUGAAAUAAAGAU